AUGGAAAAUCAAAACAAGCUCAAAAUGCGAAUCUCUCGCGUUUUCCGAUCCUCAUUCGGUUCCUGCAGGACCCGAAACUUAACUGAUGUAAUGGAAAAAGCAGUGUUUGCACCACCCAACCACCGUGGCUUCCACCUGAUCGAGCCACCAUCUCCCAAAACUCGACCGUUUCCACCCAUUUGCAGGCCCAAAGGGUCUGAAACCAUCGAUGACCGAUGCUUCGUUUCUGUUAAGGAUUCUCUUCGCAGACGCAAAAUCUCAGAGUGGUCAUCACCCUUUGUCUUGGGUGGCAAUGGCAAUGGCAAUGGAAAUGGAAGCCUCAAUGGCAGGUCGUGUCCCCCAGCUUCACCAAACACCACCUUCAGCACUAUCCACGAGAACCACUUCGGUUUCGAUGAGAAAACAAAGGUUUCAGCAAGAAACCUAAGGAACAAGAAGAAAAAGAAGAAGAAGCAUACCCAGAAGAAAAGCAAGGCCAGAGAGAUGUUCCCGUUUAACUCUUGUGCUAAAGAUACAAACUUUGGUGGGUAUUGGUGGUAUAGCAGCGAUGAUGAAGACGAUGAAACUGACACCCUUUUCUCCUCCAAGAGCCUGUCUUCUGAUUCCUCAAGGUCUCGCCGCCGGCACCCUUCACGCCGGAAAAAUGACCGGAGUUCUGAGAUGGGUGUUCUGCCAUUGCACGGGAAGGUGAAGGACACGUUCGCGGUGGUGAAGCGCUCGAGUGAUCCAUACAAUGAUUUUAGGACGUCGAUGGUGGAGAUGAUUGUUGAGAAACAGAUAUUUUCGCCUGCGGAUUUAGAGAAUCUGUUGCAGUGUUUUCUGUCACUGAAUUCGGAUCAUCAUCAUAAGAUCAUUGUUGAAGUCUUCACAGAGAUUUGGGAAGCACUGUUCUCUGACUGGCUUUGA